AUGGCAGAGAGUGCAAAGCUUAGAGAUAACCUCAUUCAGCUACUGGAUGAACAUUCAAAUCUGAUUGCAGUUGCAAAGAAAGACAUUUCACAUCUACUGGAACUAUUGCGCAAGGAUAUCCGAAUGAUUGUGCACAGAGCUGAGGAUGCCAUUGAUAAGUUUCUAGUCAAAGCAAUGUUGCGCCAAGAAAUAAACGCAGCUGCAAAAUUGUUCUAUUUUGCCAAUCGCAUUGCUUCUAGGAGGAGUUAUUUCAUAGAAGAGAUUCGAGACAUCAUUGUGAGGAUGGAGGAAAUUAAGCAAAACAAUCAGGUAGACCUUUCGCCCAGCCUAGUAGAUCUGGUUCCAUCAAAUGAAGAGGAACUGCAGGAUCCUUUCUUGGAAGAUGAUGAAGUGUGCGGCUUUGAGGAGAAAGCGCAACAACUGAUCAAGCAACUUCUUGAGGGAUCAAAUGAUACAGGUUAUGUUUCUAUUGUGGGUAUGCCUGGACUCGGAAAAACAACCCUCGCAAAGAUAAUCUAUAACAAUGUUCAAAUUUCAGAAAAUUUUGACUGCAAAAUUUGGGUUUAUGUGGGCAAGUCAGACAAAAUGAAGGAUGUUUGUCUUAAUAUUCUUAAAUGGUUCUCGGAGAGCAUUAAAGAAUAUCAAGAUAAGAAUGAGGACGAAUUGGCCAAGGUAAUCUUUGAUUUUUUGACUGAACGAAAGAGAUGUCUCAUUGUCCUGGACGACGUGUGGCAUCCGACCGUUGUGUCUUUUGUGGAACCAUUCAGUAAAAACAAGAAGGGUGACCGAAUCAUGAUCACCACUCGUUCUCAGACAGUGGCUCAAUAUGCCAAUAUAAAUCCUUACAAUAUGAAAUUUCUUACUUCUGAGGAAAGUAUUCGGUUGUUGGAAAGGAGGACUUUCGGCUUUAGAAGCUGUCCUGAUGAAUUAUUAGGACAUGUAAAAAGCAUUGCAGAAAAAUGUAAUGGAGUACCACUUGCAAUUACGGUAAUCGCACGAGCUUUAAGAGGUCGAAGGAACAAAAAGGACUGGAAAAGAGUUGAGAAAAAUGUAUUGCAGCACCUCUUAAAUAAAAAUGACCCUAAAAGCUGCUUGAAAUUUGUGGAAAUGAAUUACGACUAUUUGCCCGAAGAAAAGAAGGCUUGCUUCUUAUAUUGUGCCACCUUUCCUAGAGCUUCUGACAUACCGGCGUGGAAAUUGAUUCUCUUGUGGAUUGCUGAAGGGCUAAUAAAGUCCCAAGCCGAAUUUAGUCUCGAGGAGACAGCAGCUUUUUAUUUGAAUGAUCUUGCCCUUAGGAAUUUGGUUUUGGUGAAGAAAAGGAGUGCUGAUGGUCAAAUAAAGACAUGCCGUGUUCACGACAUGUUGCACGAGUUCUGCAAGAUGGAGGCUGCUAGUGAAUCUCUUUUUCAAGAAUGCCUUGAGGUCCUAAAAUUGAAAGAUAAUGCAUUCAUGGGAAUGUUAUGGAAGCCGAAGAGAGGAGGAUUUAGCCACCUUGAGGUCUUGUGGAUUGAGAAGGCAGACUUCAUUUAUUGGAAGGCUUCAGAUCGUCACUUCCCAAUGCUUAGGCACCUUGUUCUUAUCUCAUGUGAUACGCUUCGGGCUGUGCCAUAUGCGUUUGCUAAUAUAAGUAACCUUCAAGAGAUGUGGCUGAAGAACACAAUCAACGCAAUCAACUCUGCAGAAAAAAUAGAAUGCAAGAAACAAGAGACGCAAGCUCCAGAUGGAACUGCAUUCAAGCUCAUCAGAGUCCUUCCUGAAAAUGAUCCCAACGCCGCACAGUGA